GUUACAAAAGAUAGAAGGCAAUAAGUAGUUUUUUUUUUAAGGCGCCCGAAGGAACGCAGCGGUCCAACAGUAUCACAGUUACAAUACGAUGACAUUCUCAUUCUUCAUCUACUUGCAAGCUUCACCAUCCUGUCUUGUCUAGUAAAACUAGUUCCAAAUUGAGUGUUCGAUUUUGAUGCCAAAUUAACAAAGUGCUUGAUCCUCUUGUUCCAAAUAGGAUUCGAAGGAUUCAUAAACAUUCGCAAUGGAGGAGGUAAAAGCCAGAGAAGUGCUUUACGAGACUCGUAAUCACGCCAUCAGGCCGUACAAGUCCAAUUGCCCUACUCAGAGAAAUGAAGAUGGAAAAGGAGUUUUAUCAUCACUUCUCUCAGUUUCAGGAAUAAGUCAACUUAAGGAGAAAUGGAGGGAUUACAGGAACCCGUCGAAAAUCAUGAAACCGAUAUUCUUGAUUAUCUCUCCAAGAGGUGAAAGAGUGGCUGUUGCUACCGGGAAUCAGAUUACUAUCUUGCGGAAGGAGGAUGACUACCAGGAGCCAUAUGGCAUUUUUACCAGUGGCAACCUUGCUAUAUUUGUCCAUGGAGUUUGGUCAGAAUCUCAUGAUAUUCUUGGAAUUGCUGAUGACAAUGAUGUUCUCUAUUUUAUCAAAGCAAAUGGUGAAGAGAUUACAAGAGUUAUGAAGAGACAAUUAGAAACGACUUCUGCAAUAAUAGGACUGAUUCCACAUGACAGUAUUGAUGCUUGUGGCUCUUGUUUCUUCAUCAUUCUCACAGCAGAUGGAGUUUUGUACCAUAUUGAGAUCACCCAAGCUGCUUCUAUUUCCUUCAUGCACACAUCAAAUAGUGGGUUAACUGUGAAGGGACAGUUCCCCAAGGAUGUGUACUGCUUUGACUAUGAUUUGGAACGUUCUUUGCUUCUUGUCAUUGGUAGUGCAGUUAGCACCUCACUAACCUCUAGUGGCAAAUCUGGAUCAUGUUCUCUUUCUCUUUGGCGUAAAUGUCCAAAUUUAAAUCUUGAGCCACUAUUCUCUUUUCAAUUUGAAGGCUUAUAUCAUAAACCAAAAGAUUAUAUAGGUCAGAUAGCAUAUCCAAAGGUGCUACUAUCACCACAAAGAAAGUUUGUUGCUACUUUAGAUAUAAGAGGAUGCUUGCACUUUUUUGUGCUCGAUAAAGAACAAUGCUCACUUUCUAACUUUGCUGUUGGAGAGAGAUUAGGCUUACUGGCGAUAAACAGGCAGGAUGAACUUUUGAAUGAUAAUGUGGAUUUUACUUGGUGGUCUGAUCAUAUUGUGACUCUUGCGAGGAGGAGUGGCACUGUCACCUUGCUUGAUAUCCUAACCGGCUUAAAACUUCAAGAAAAUGACCCUGCAUAUUCAAUGCCUGUUUUAGAUAGAGUAGAGCAGCUUGAAGGACGCAUAUUUGUCGUAGAAAGCAAAUCAUCUGAAGAAAGAAAGUCUUUAUCUGAUAAUAUUGGAGAAUCAAGAGGCUCACACCAUGUGGAGCAGAUCAUUGAAGACACAUGCUGGAGAUUGAUAUCAAUUUCAGAGAGAUCUGUUCCCGAAAUGUAUAGUAUCUUAAUCAGCAACCAUAAGUAUCAGGAAGCCUUGGACUUUGCCAAUCAUCAUGGUUUGGACAGAGAUGAAGUUUUGAAAUCACAAUGGUUACACUCUUGCCAAGGAAUAAAUGAAAUAAAUGUGUUAUUAUCAAAAAUUAAGGAUCAUGGUUUUGUACUAUCUGAAUGCAUUAACAAAGUUGGACAAACAGAAGAUGCUGUGAAAGCUUUACUUGCAUAUGGGCUAAAUGCAACUGAUCAGUACCGAUUUUCAGAAUCAGAAGACAAUCAAAGAAGCCAAAUUUGGGAUUUCCGUUUGGCUAGGCUUCAGUUGUUGCAAUUCAGAGACAGACUAGAAACAUUUCUGGGAAUAAACAUGGGCAGGUUUUCUGUCCAGGAGUAUGGGAAAUUUAGAGUUAUGCCGCUUGGUGAAGUUGCGGUAACACUUGCUGAAAGUGGGAAAAUCGGUGCUUUAAACCUUCUCUUUAAACGUCAUCCUUAUUCUCUUUCUCCAUCUAUAAUGCAAAUACUAGCUGCUGUUCCUGAGACCAUUCCUGUUCAAACAUAUGGACAGCUCCUUCCUGGAAGAUCCCCUCCUGUGGGUGCUUCUCUCAGGGAUGAAGAUUGGGUUGAAUGUGCAGAAAUGUUAACGUUUAUUAACAGUUUGCCUGAGAAUCAUGAGAUGGAUAUCCAGAUCAGAACGGAGCCCAUUGUCAAACAGUGCCAAGGUUGCAUUUGGCCAUCUAUUAAUGAACUCUAUAAAUGGUACAUGAAUAGAGCUAGAGAUAUUGACUGCUAUAGUGGCCAGCUGGAGAACUGUCUCAGCCUGGUUGACUUGGCUUGUUCAAAAGGGAUCCAUGAAUUACAGCAAUUUCAUGAGGAUAUUUCAUACUUGUACCAGCUGAUGUAUUCUGAUGAGAGUGAUGAAGAUAUAUGCUUUGAUAUUAGUCUUAUGGAGUGGGAACAAUUAUCUGACUAUGAAAAGUUCAGAAUGAUGCUCAAGGCAGUUAAGGAGGAAAAUGUGGUACAAAAGUUGCAUGAAAAGGCAAUUCCUUUUAUGAAAAGUAGGUUUCAUGACUUGGUCCCUGGUCAUCAAGGGCAGAGUAAAGAUUUCCUUUUCUCUUCACACAAGGAUGGGUCAUUUCUGGUCAGAUGGCUUAAGGAGAUUGCUUUGGAGAAUAAAUUAGACAUAUGCUUGAUAGUUAUUGAGGAAGGAUGCAGGGAGUUGCAAGGUAAUGGAUUCUUCAAGGAUAAUACUGAAGCUGCGGAAUGUGCUUUGCAAUGUGUAUAUUUGUGCACAGUUACAGAUAGAUGGAGUACCCUAGCUACCAUAUUGUCAAAGAUUCCGCAAAAUCAAGAUACUGAAAUAUAUAUCGAUGGCCUAGACAAAAGACUUACACUUGCAAAAGGCCAUAUUGAAGCAGGGAGGCUUUUGGCAUUUUACCAGGUUCCAAAGCCAAUGAACUUUUGCCUUGAGGCCCAUGCAGAUGAAAAAGGAGUAAAGCAGAUUCUUCGCCUUAUGCUUUCAAAAUUUGUCCGACGACAACCAGGUCGAUCAGAUAAUGACUGGGCAAGCAUGUGGCGGGACAUGCAAUGCUUGCGAGAGAAGGCUUUUCCUUUCCUAGAUCCAGAGUAUAUGUUGACAGAAUUCUGCAGAGGACUGCUGAAAGCUGGGAGAUUUUCUCUGGCAAGCAAUUAUCUAAACGGUACAGGUUCAGUAAGCUUGGCAUUAGAAAAGGCAGAAAAUCUUGUUAUUCAAGCUGCACGGGAAUUCUUUUUCUCAGCUUCUAGUCUAUCUUGCUCAGAAGUUUGGAAGGCUAAGGAAUGCCUAAAUUUAUUUCCAAGUAGCAAACAGGUUAAAGCAGAGGCUGAUGCAAUUGAGGCACUAACUGUUAAGCUUCCAAAUCUUGGAGUGACUCUUCUACCCAUGCAAUUCAGGCAGAUAAGGGAUCCUAUGGAGAUCGUCAAAAUGGCAAUCACUAGUCAACCUGGAGCUUAUCUACAUGUCGAUGAACUCAUUGAGGUUGCUAAGCUUCUUGGAUUGAAUUCUUCAGAUGACAUAUCAGCUGUUGAGGAAGCUAUUGCUAGAGAAGCUGCUGUAGCUGGUGAUCUGCAAUUGGCAUUUGAUGUCUGCCUUCUAUUGGCUAAGAAAGGGCAUGGUCUCAUUUGGGAUUUAUGUGCUGCAAUAGCGAGAGGUCCUGCCCUUGAAAAUAUGGAUAUAAGCUCUCGUAAGCAGCUACUAGGGUUUGCCUUGAGUCACUGUGAUGAAGAAUCUAUUGGUGAGCUUCUCCAUGCAUGGAAGGAUCUGGACAUGCAACACCAGUGUGAUACUUUGUUGAUGUUGACAAGGACGAGUUCUUCUAACUUCACGAAUCAAGAUUCCUCAACUGUGUCACUUCCAGUGACAGGUAUUCAAGAUAUUGUUGAUCUCAAAGAUUGUUCUAAACUGGUUGAUGAAGCAAGUGGUGAUGGCUGUGAAUCUUGCAUGAACAAAGUAAAAAAUACACUUUCUUUAGUCGCUAAAAACUUGCUGGUUGAAAGUGGAAUUGAUUUGGAAUAUUUUUUGAGAGAAAAUGGAAAGAUCUUAUCUUUUGCUGCUUUCCAACUUCCAUGGUUGCUUGACUUGAGCCGGAAAGCUGUGAAUGAUAAGAAACUUUCUGACUUGAUUCCUGGAAAACCAUUUGUGAGCAUUCAAGCACAAGCCUUGAUAACUACUCUCUCCUGGUUGGUGAGAAAUGGUUUUGCUCCGAAAGACAAUGUUAUUGCCUCUCUAGCAAAAUCAAUUAUAGAACCGCCUGUUACAGAAGAGGAGGAUGUCAUGGGGUGUUCUUUCUUGUUGAAUCUUGUGGACGCAUUUAGUGGGGUAGAAGUAAUAGAAGAGCAGUUGAAGAUAAGAAAGAACUACCAAGAGAUUUGUAGCAUCAUGAAUGUGGGGAUGACUUACUGUUUAUUGCAUAACUUUGAAGUUGAGUGCAAUGGUCCUUCACAAAGGAGGGACCUUUUAUUGAGGAAGUUUAAAGAGAAGCACACACCACUUAGUUCUGAUGAGAUCAACGAAAUUGGUGCAGUACAGUCAACAUUCUGGAGGCAGUGGAAGCUCAAAUUAGAAGAGAAAAAGCGUGUAGCUGAACAUUCUAGAGUUUUGGAGCACAUAAUUCCUGGGGUUGAAACUGCACGCUUUCUUUCAGGUGACUUUAACUACAUUGAGACUGUUGUUCUUUCCCUGGCUGAAUCAGUAAAGUUGGAAAAGAAGCGGAUUGUGAAAGAUGUGUUGAAAUUAGCUGACACUUAUGGUUUAGAUCAUACUGGGGUCCUACUUCAGUACCUUAGUUCUAUUCUUGUUUCUGAGGUUUGGACAGAUAAUGAUAUUAUGGCUGAAAUCUCAGAAGUCAAAGGAGAGAUAACUGGUUGUGCUUCUGAAACCAUCAAAACCAUUUCCACAGUUGUGUACCCUGUAAUUGAUGGAUGCAACAAGCAGCGACUUUCCUGUAUUUAUGGUCUCCUCUCUGACUGCUACUUGCAGCUGGAGGAAAAACAAUCCUCACUAGCAAUACACCAAUUUUCUCCACAUUUACCUGCUCUUGAGUUAGCUCAUUUAUACAAGGUCAUUGGGCAAGAGUGCCAAAGGGUUUCCUUCAUUAAGAACCUAAAUUUCAAGAAUGUUGCUGGUUUAGAUGGUCUGAAUUUCCAAUCUUUUCGCAGUGAAGUGUGUGCACACAUCAAUGAAUUUAACUUGGAACACUUGGCAAAAAUGGUACAAACACUGACCAGUAUCUAUACCAGUUCGGUGCCUGAAGGUCUCAUGUCGUGGCAGGAUGUGUAUAAAGUUUAUGUUCUAGGAUUGUUGACAACUUUGCAAAGUAGGGCUAGAAUGGAGUUCAAUGACAGAAACCCAGAAAAGUUUCAGAAGUUUAUUAGUCAACUUGAGUUCACAUAUGAUUCUUCUCAAAUGUAUAUCAGGCUUUUGGCACCUUCCGAUGCCCUGGACAUUAUGAAGCAAUACCUAACUGUGAUUAUACCUCUGCAUGAUUGUUAUGAGAGUAUUCCGGACAACUCAACAUGGCAGGAUUGCCUCAUAACCCUUUUGAACUUUUGGGUCAGACUAACUGAAGAAAUGCAGGAAAUUGCAUCCACUGAGAGCUCUGUAGAAAAACUCGGAUUCUAUCCAGGAAGCUUGUUAAGUUGCUUGAAAGUUUUUAUGAGGUUGGUGAUGGAGGACAUUGUAUCACCAAGUCAGAGCUGGGGCACCAUUGCCAGCUAUGUCACUAUUGGGUUGAUUGAGGAUUUUGCUGUUGACAUUCUGAUCUUCUGCAAAGCCAUGGUAUUUUCUGGUUGUGGCUUUGGAGCCAUUUCAGAAGUGUUCUCUGAAGCAAUAUCACAACAUGAUAUCAGUUCAACUUCAUCUGGUAACUGUGAAUCUCAGGAUAUUCUUCAUCUCUACACAAAUAUUUUGGAGCAUAUUUUAAAACAUUUGGAGAGUGGAUCCGAUGAAAACCAGAAUUUGUAUCAUUUGUUAUCGGUUGAAGUGAGUUCAAGGGUAGUAGAAAAGGAAGCUAAAGAAGAGGCUCAAGCUUUUUGGAGUGAAGGUUUGAUAUCUUCUUUGUCAUUUACCACUUUUCUUUGA